AUUCACGCGUUUGCCUAGUGUGCUGGCUUAUCCCCGGAAAGGAAACCCUGCAACAGGCAAAUUCCUCGAGAGACGAGAAGAAAUAAUUUUGUGUGAAGGUGAGGGGACCCCCACCAGCAAGGUGUAAGCGGCAAGCAUCCAGCCGUUGCUUAGUUGUGUGAUCGAUCGAUCGAUACGGGUGACCUUCUUUUUCUCCACUUUAUAUCUCGACUCUUUCUCUUCUCUUCGACUAUCUUUUACUUCACGUCCCUUCUAUCUCGCAGAGCGGAAGAAGAAGAAACAGAAGAAGAUGGCUGCCAUUAGGUCCUUACUGUCUGCGACGCUGAUGGUUGGUAUUCUUAUUGGUGCAACUAUUGCUCAGCCAUCUGCAGCACCUUCUGCCUCCCCUCCUUCUAAAUCUCCUCCUUCUGCCUUCUCGCCUUCAGUGCCUCCACCUUCUUCUUCCCCUCCUUCAACCUCUCCACCAUCUUCUGCUUCCCCUUCUUCCGCUGCUCCACCAUCUUCUUCUUCUCCUCCUUCUACUUCCCCACCUUCUUCGUCUCCACCUUCUACUACCCCACCUUCUUCUUCGCCGCCAUCUUCUUCUCCUCCUUCUACUUCUCCCGUACCUUCUUCGUCUCCGCCUUCUACUGCUCCACCCUCUUCCUCCCCUCCCUCUACGUCUGCUCCUUCUACCUCCCCGCCCUCUGCUUCUCCUCCUUCCCUCGCCUCAGCGCCAGCUAGCAGCCCGCCAUCUGCUUCCAGCCCGGAGUCCAGCAGCCCGCCAUCUGCUUCCAGCCCACCGUCUCUCUCCAGUCCUCCGUCCUCUUCAGCCCCCGCCGAUAUGCCAUCGGCUGCUGCCCGGCUUCCCUCCGGCCUCAGACUCGCUGCUGCAGGAUCUGCGUUGGUCGGUGCGGCCGCCGUCUUCCUUCUCUGAGUUCGCAGUCUCCGACUCUGAUCUGUAGCCGUUGCCUCGGUGAGACAAUGAAAGGUGCUUUUGGAGUUUGGUUUACCGAGUUGAUCAGCUCGUGAUGUUCUUAUUUUUUUUUCCUUCUUUGGAUCGUGCGACCUCAAUAUUCUUCAUCAUUUCUUUGUUUCAUGGUUUGUCUCUGUAGUGGACUUUUUGUACUGAUUACUACUACAGGUUGUUUAUGGAUUCUUUUUCCCUUUCA